AUGAAAGGUGAAAACCCACCGCAAUAUCAUCCAGCUACUCCAUACAUUGCAAAAUUCUGUAUUGGUCAACUUGACUCCGAGUCCGAUGGUAUUACAAAUGUUCUUCAUGUCCUUGCACUACUAAAAGACAUUUUCCAUCAUUUACCAAAGAUUCAUGUGAAGACUAUCAGUGAAUCUUUAUUGAAGCUUAUGACUAUGAAAAAUGUGUUAGUAACUUCAUGUUGUCUACAAACCUUUCAUGGUUUGUUCGUUUCUCGACCAUCAGAAGCUAUUCUACCAGUACAAAGAAAUGGGCAAAUCAUUACUGCCUUAUAUGAUUAUCAACCUCCAGCAACUGAUACACAACCAACCUUAGCGUGGCUAACUGUAAUGCAAGAAGCGUAUUUAAAUUUAGCGCACAAUUCAUUAAAUUUAUGCGCAGUUCUUUUACCAAGAAUUUUGAACACAUGUAGUCAAUUGUGGCUUUCGGGCAAAUCGGAAGUUAUGUCUGGUUCUUCGCACACGAUGAAAAUUUUAUUACAAGAUUGUGUCGGUAAAAUGUGUGAAACCAAAAAAUCAAUUGAAACGUAA